AUGACCAGCGACGACCAGUUCUUCUUUGACUAUCUCGCGUCAAUACCCCAUGACGUAAGAAGAUAUUCCCAUCAGGUCGCAGACUCGAUCGACCGACAGGUCGACCUGGCCGCCAAAACGAUCAAAGAUACGCUGUCGAAUCAAUCAUGGCUCCCUUCCUCCGUCCGACCGAUACAACCACCUCGUCCUCGUGCUCCUCAGUCUUUCAGCGAUCGUGCUUAUGAUUGGGUUCUUCGACACCGAGCUUGGAGCGCAGCUCUGCUCGCCUUUAUCGGAACCACUUCUGUUCUAUACCUUGGCAAUAAGAAGUUCAGCGGCAAACGGAGGAAGGCUAGGAGAGCCGGAAAUGGGGCUCGGAAGGAGAUAAUAGUUGUCGUCGGAUCACCACUUGAGCCGAUGACCAAAGCGAUUUCAGUAGAUCUGGAACGCCGAGGGUAUAUCGUGUAUGUAACGGUUGCGUCGGCAGAGGAGGAGAAUGUCAUCCAGUCGCAAAAUACAGCGGACAUUCGAGCCCUCUGGCUCGAUCUGACGGUGGUGAAUUGCUCUCCAACCCUUAAGCCCGUUACACGUACUGAUCAAUUUAUGCAGACGCCUUCGUCGCCUUCAGAGCUCCAUCCGUCGUUGCAUGAAAUCCGUUCCUUGAUAACCCAGCCGCAAUCGCCGAUGGCAGGCGUACCCCCACACACCUGCCAACUUAGCGGAGUCGUCCUCGUUCCCUCUCCGAACUACGUGACUGGCCCCGUCGCUACAAUCCCCCCUUCCGCAUGGGCCGAUAGCAUCAACACGCGGUUGCUGUCGCCUAUUCUGACGACUCAGCUUCUUCUGCCUCUUCUCACCCUCCGCAACACAAGCAGUACCAUCGUUCUCGUCUACCCCUCGAUCUCCUCUUCGUUGUCAGCUCCGUUCACAGGCCCAGAGGUAACUGUUACCCGUGCCAUGGCCGGCUUUGCGACGUCGCUUCGACGAGAACUCUGCCUUCUGCAGCACAGCAACAUCGAUGUCGUGGAGUUGAAACUUGGAAACGUCGAUCUCGGACCGCAGUAUCGCAGCCCGCAGAGCCACAUCACCGGAACGGAGGUUCUCGCAUGGAGCACGCAACAGCGAUCUCUGUAUGGCUCGCAGUACCUUUCCAGCAUUGAACAGCGGCCGGUUGCGUCGGCUGGACCCGGCACGAUACGUGGUUCCCCGGCCCGACACCUCCACUACGCGUUGAUGGAUGCGCUGGAGCCGCCCUCGAAGGAUAUAUUCGGAAGGAAGAAGUCCAAGACGCCAGUUUUCUAUGUCGGACGCGGUGCGCGCACCUACAGCAUUAUCGGCGAGUGGGUUCCGGCCGGCUUGGUUGAAUGGAUGCUCGGCCUCCGCAGUGGACAAGCACCAGUGACAGAGAGUGCCAGCGGAAGCAGCAGCGAGACGAGCUGGGAACGAGUAUAA